AUGAGCGACGCGUACCACAAGACCUCGACUAAAGAAGAUGAGAAAGCUGCCCUCGGCCGUAUUCGGAACUCGAUGAAGAAGAGAACGGGCGCAGUUUCCCAGUCGGAAGACCAGGCAGCCGAUCGUAUAGACGCAAGUCGUCUUGUCGUUGUCUCGCCCAACUCGGUGCCUGGUUCAUCCUGCCCAGGGACACUAGAUGCGGUGACGGAAUCAGGAUUUCUGGGUAGGGAAGAGAAGAGGUUGCUUUAUCAAACCACGUGUUUCCAGUGCUUGCUCGAACACUGCACACAGGAAAAGUUAAAGGAGAUCAUUUGGAUACACCCGAAAGUCUAUGAUGUGCGCGUUGCACCGACUCGCACAUUUAGCUCGCCGGAUCCAACUCGUGCCCAUUGGAUGUUGAGGCAUCUUGAAAGCCGAGGCAUUCAAGCUAUCACGUCGAAUUGUGAGGAUCAGGAUGCUAUCUGCUGUGGUAUGUUGUCCGGUAUGCAAGGCGCUAUCUUCAUUCCGGCAGAAAAGAUUCCCAAGAUAAGUAGCAGUAAGAUUACCGUUUAUUCUCCCCCAUGGUGGCUAGAACUGGUGAAUAACACCGGAGAUCCUAGACAAUAA